GUACCUGAAAUACUCCUUGAGAAACCAUAGAUACUCGGACAUAUGGCUCACAGCAAGGGACAAUCGUUUCGUUCUUUCUCUUACGAGGAAGAACUACAGAGAGCAAAAGGGCUGAAAGAGGAUUUGGAUAAAGGAGGCUGGCGUCAAGUGCACAUGAGCCCCGGUGCUUGUUACUGGAUGAAAACAUUCUAUAAUGAUGAGGUUCCUAUUAAGAGUCUCUUCACGUUUGACAUGCCAAUGCCCGCCGAAAAGUUCGUGGAAAUGUUGAACCCAUCCAACCAGGAGAUUCGCAAAAAGUGGGAUGAAGUAUUUAAAGAUCAUGUUAUUUUAGAAGCUUACCCUGACAAUGGCGGUUACUUAACCUCAAGCCGAAUAAAAACGACUUGGCCGCUAGCUGAUCGGGAAUUCCUGUUGUUCAUACCCCCCGUCAUACAAGUUGACUGGUAUGGGAAAAAAUCGUGGUUUAUCAUUCAGAAAAACGCUUGGCACCUAUCAAAACCCGAGGGCGAAAAUGGUCUGGUGAGGGCAACUAAUGGUGGAAACUUUUACAUUGUUACACCAGACGACGAACGGCCAGAAGCGGCGUGUAAAGUGUUCAGCCUAACAAACAAUAACUACAACGGCAGGCUACCCAAGACAAGGAUGGAAUGGAUGCUUAGCCGGGCUGUUCCGCGAGGCUUCAAUGGGCUGCGAGCAAGCAUGAUCAACGGCUACAAGAAGUAUUUCCAAAACGCACAAGAGUGAAUGGCGGAAUCUUUCGGGUUCCUGGGUGUCUUAAAUGAGACGUUUCACGGACUGUGGUUUGAGCACGGUUUGACGCUGCCUAUCUAAGUAUUUACGCGCUUAAAUUUCCAUAUGAAAGAGUACAGUCUACCCACAAGCUGUAAAAAUGCUUUUCAAGCAGUUAAAGUUAACAAAGGCUGCCAUUAAGGACAAGACCCGAAAAAGGUUAUUUCGUGAAUUCGUUAUUUAUUUUGUAUGUAUGCUUUAUAUGACUCCUGAUAAUGGUAUAGUACUGCAUGAUUCUGGGUUCAAAAUUUAAGAAAUAUUUUCUUUAGUCUCCUACUUCAUUGCCUUAUAAGACAGUUUUUUUGUUACAAAAUAGCUUUGCUGUUCUAAAUUUGUCCAGAAGCCGGUAUAAAUCGCCCGCCUGCCGCUCCCACUAAAAAUGAUACAAUAAAAUGUAUAUUUAACAAGGCAGUAUUUUUUCUAUAUCGGCUUUUCAUGAUCAAUCUCACAUCAUGUCGGUGCGAAAGGAGGUCUCAUUCAACUAUUGCUGAUGUUGUGUGUAAAUAUAGUUGUGUGUAGCGUCAA